GAUUCAGAAAUGCCUCUUUAAAAAGAAAUUAGAUAGCAUCUGGUAUAUUUAACAGUCGACUAGCAUCGCUAUAGAAACACAAAAAUUCAGAUUUACCUAGAAAUGCUUCACAAUAAGGAAUUGUAUCACCGGGUACACAAGUAACAAUGCAGAAGAAUGACGCUGGUUAUAUUUCUACUAGUCAAGUUAAAACUUGCAUUACGUGGGUUUGUCGACAUAUUCCGUGGAGAAAAUUCAAGAAUGUUAAACGGCAUCCUGUCGAAACAGUGCUUUGUUUACUUGUUUGCUUGUUGUUUAUUUUCGUCUGGACUUUCUCACCCGCCGGGACGGCACCUUCGACCACACCCAUGACAACGCCUUCGACGGCACAAAUGAUGACACCUUCGACCACACCCAUCACAACAUCUUCAAACGCACCCACGACACCCUUGACCGCACCUAGGACAGCAUGCAAUGAUAAAAUAGAGCUUUUACAGUGUUCAUUUAAAGAAUCCACAUCUGAUGACGCAUUGGACAUCAAUGAUAAAAGGGCUGUUGUGCGUGUAGCAAAGGAAAUCGCACAAAUUGAAGGUUUAGUUAUGCUCACGUUUAUGAAUACAGCAUUUCAACCAUUUCUUGUCAAUUGGAUGUGCCAUACGAAAAGCAUGGUCAGGCAAUCUCAGAUUUUAGUUAUAGUAACUGAGCUAAAUAUAAAGAAUGAAAUUCGUACUCUUUAUCCAAAAUUGAAUGUUGUUUGCCUGAGCAACUUAAAACAACUCAAUGAGAAGCAGAAAUACUGUUCUGCCGGAUUUAUGCGGAUUGGCAUUUACAGAACCAUAGUUGUGAACUGGAUAAUUCAGGAAAAUAUACCCGUAUUUCUGUUUGAACUGGACGCAAUGUGGUUACAAAAUCCUUUACCAUUUCUGAUUGAUACAGAGCCGUACGAUUUAGCCAUUAUACCGACCUAUGAUAAAUCCUUCGAGGCAGCGAUCGGAUUUUACUACAUGAGAGCAAGCAAACGUAUGAAACAAUUUUGGCGGGAAUUGAUUCGUCGACUCAUUGACUUGAAGAACAUGUUUUCUUGUUUGAGAAAUGAAGAUCUCGUUAGAGAGAGAGAUAACGACCAAAUGGUUCUGCAUGAUAUGAUCAAGGAACAUUAUAAAAAUAUUAUGAUAUACUUUUUACCACUAGAUAGAUUUAUUGACGGAAAGUGGUAUUGGAACCCGGAUACACGAACAUUAAGAGACGCCUUCAUAUUGAAUUUUAAUUUUAUCAUUGGAGUUGAUAACAAAAUAAUUCGUGCUAAAAAUUUUGAACACUGGUUUGUAUCCGAUGACAAUGUUACUUGUUUGCCUCACAGGUAUACACGUUUUCGUAAUCAGUUGAGUGGAUUAAUGUGAAUGAAAAAGAAUCAGAACUUUACUGAAAUAUUGAUUUAAAAAAGAAACUGGAUUUUAGCCUAUAACGUCAGGAUUAGGGUUCUCUUUCAAGAAUCCAAAAUAGCCAUUCCAACUCUUGUUUAUCUUCAUCUUUUUGUUGAAUCCUGAAUUUCAACCCGAAAGUGUUUUUGUGACUGUCAUUUAAAUACGUAGUAACUGAA